AACUUAACUUUCCUUCCCUCGCCCAUACCUCCUCCUCUCCCCUCCCCUCACCUGCCUCACCCGCCUCGUCCGCCUCACCUGCCCCCUUUACGCACCUCGUCCGCCUCACCUGCCCCCUUUACGCACCUCGUCCGCCAGUCACACUGGGCAUGGCACUGCACGACCCCAGCACCCCCGAGUGGUCCAUCUACAUGCCCAUGGCCAAGUCCCUCGUCCGCGCCCUCGAUGCCACCCAGCUCGCUGCCAGGGAGCUGCUGCCGCACGUGCCAGUGGAGGGCUUUGUGAGUGUCGGACGAGUGGUGGCGUUCAUAUCGUACGGCUAUGAUCUCAUCAACUUUCAGCCCAACAUGCAGCACCUGCUCGACUCCCUGGGUGCUGUUCCCAUUCUGGGAAGGUUCUACGUGGAUUACAACCUCACUCGCUUUCUGCACACCCCACAGCUGCGUCACAUCCUGAGCUACACGGACCCCUACUUCUUUCGGAAGCGCCUCACCAUGCCCAAGCUGCUCAUCGCCGCCUCCAACGACGAGUUCUUCUUGAUGGACGACUCGUACUUCUAUUACAACGGCCUGCCACCCCCCACGCUACUUAAGUUCGUGGCCAACGUGGACCACAUGGUCAUUCAGAAGUCCUAUUGGGUACGCCCUUACCCUCCAACCCUCAUCUGUCUCAGUGGGUACGCACGCCCUUAA